UUCCCUCCACACUGAAGAAUGGAGGAGAAGAGUGAGGAGUCCUUCCCUGUCCGAGUCUUCUCCCUGCAGGAGGAGCUGAGGGCAGAGGAGGAGCACAUGGAGACACAUGAGGAGCUGCAGGAGGAGGUGAGCAGAGAGCAGCAGGUCAGUGUGAGCAGACAGAGGGCGGAGCAGGAGCUCACGCUGCUCCUCACCACGGGACGGGAGGAGCAGCAGCUCACUGUGCAGGACGCCAACAGAGCAUCUGUCUUCCAGUUCACUGUCUCUGAGGAGAUGGACUGCUGCCAGGUGGGAGGACAGUCCUUCCUGGUCACCUUAGGCAAGCUGAGUCUUCUGCUGCAGUUCAAAACUCCAACUGACAUGAAGAACUUCCAGCAGUUACUGAGGACAGGAGAUGAUGAAGGGACUAGGAAAGGUUGCGCAGAAGUAGAAAAGAGAGGCAACCAGGAUGAAGGCCCAACACCUAGACAUCCCAUGAUGCUGGAAACAAGGACUGAGGAUGCCCUAACACAGGACUACCAGUUCCACAGCUGUCUCUCCCAACAGCAGGUCCUACUUCAGGACUACCCGAGGACGACCACCUACCAAAAAGCCAUUUUACUCAACGAGAGUGACUUCCGAGGCAAGGUGGUUCUGGAUGUGAGCUGUGGUUCUGCUAUGCUGUCUUUCUUUGCUCUCCAGGCAGGGGCCACCAAGGUGUACGCUGUUGAAUCCAGCCCCAUGGCCAAAUACGCAAAGAUCCUGGUCCAGAGUAACGGUCGGUCUGAUCGGAUCGAGAUCCUAGAAGGCAAGGUGGAGGAGGUCAGCUGUCCUGAAUUGGUAGAUGUCCUUGUCUCUGAGCCAAUGGGAUACAUGCUGCUCAGUGAUAGACUCGUGGAGAGCUUCUUGCAUGCCAAAAAAUGGCUCAAACCCAAUGGUCUGAUGUUUCCCUCCUCUGGAGAUAUUCAUCUGGCUCCCUUCAGUGACGAGCAUCUGUACUUCGAACACUACGCACGGGCUACUUUCUGGCAGCAGAGAAGCUUCUAUGGAGUGAACCUGAGUGCUCUUCACAGCGCUGCAAUGGAUGAGUUCUUCAGGCAGCCUAUAGUGGACACGUUUGAUAUGCCGGUCCUGAUGGCCAAGUCUGUCAAACACUGCAUCAACUUCAUGGAAGCUAAAGCAGAAGAUUUAAACAGAAUAGAGAUUCCUUUUGUGUUCACGCUCCUGCAGUCGGGUCUCAUCCACGGCCUGGCCUUCUGGUUCGAUGUGGCCUAUGUGGGGUCCAAGGCAGAAGUGUGGCUCUCCACAGCUCCCACGGAGCCUCUGACCCGCUGGUCUCAGGUCAGAUGUUUGCUGCAGACGCCGCUCUUCGCCAAGCCGGGACAAACUCUGUCUGGGACGGUGCUGCUGGUUGCUAACAACAGGCAGAGCUAUGACAUCCUCAUCAGCGCCACAGUGGACCAGUCAGGCUUCACAUCAGGGAACGUACUGGACCUCAAGAACCCAUACUUCAGGAUAGCGACGUGGUAGAGCCCCCGCAGACCGCCUCUCUCCUCCGGGUGCAGAGCGAGGAGAACACAGGAACGUCCUAAGGAAUCAUCAGAUGUCCCCCCCCCACACUUUGACUUGUUUUCUUCUCCUUUGGUACAGUUUGUGCAGAAUGUGAAGGUAAAGACAAACUAUUUUUAAACGAGGAAUCCAUUCACUUUUUAUAUUUCCGUACACAAAUCAUGAGGAAACAUAGUCUGUUUUAUACCAGCAGU